AUGGUGACGACCGUAACGCUCCAGCACAACUUGGCAGCGCUUCAGACCCAAGUCGAAGCGCUGCAGGUCACAAACAGUGCAUUGACUCGUGAUCUAUGUCUAAAAGAGAACUAUAUUCAGUUAAAAGAUCAACAAUUUCGUGUCAUGCAGCGACGACUCGAAGAGUUAGAAGGAUCAGUAGCUCAAUGGAAAGACCGCUGGCUUCAGAUUGUAAAUGCACAGCCACAAAUGAUACCUCAUACCAGAAAAUUGGAAAAUGAUGAAAUGAUGGAUGUUGGCACAGUAAAUCGAGCAGAAGAUGUCAAGUGGACACCGUGGAAGUGUAAAGUAGGCAUGAGUAACCGCACGAAAGCAGUAGGUACAGCUCUCGCAAAAUUGGAGAAAUUCUCCCAGCUCGACAAAAAAAAUUUACAACCAUUACUCAAAGCAAUUGAAGAGCAAAAGAUUCCUGCAAUGAGUGAUCUCAUUUUUUCUGAUGUAUCUGAAGAAUUGAGUCGUAUUCUCUUACUCUACUUAUUACCAGCUCUACACGACACAAUGGAUGGUCAUUUGGAGUGUUUUAGUCGAACGUAUUAUAAGCAAACAAUGGAUUUUCGAAUCACAACACUACAAAAUACAGAAACAACGUGUGAUGAACGUUCUACUUCUUUCAACUCAAGUGACAAGUCACCAUCCACUUCAUUAUCGAUACGUAGAACGACUUCAUUUCCCGAAAGCAGCGAAGAAACAUUGGUCUUGACACCUCAAGGAGUGCAUGAAAUGGAGGAUACAGAAACACCACAUCUUUUUGACUGUAUAGAGCUCGAUCGACGAGGUCUUGCUCGUCCUUCCAUACCCCACGGUCCACGCGAAUUGCAUGCAACGAAAGCAAUGUUUACUUCUCAACCACUCAGUGGAGUUGCAGCAACACGAGCAGUCGUGCCUCUGCAGGAUAAAACAGUGGAUAAAUCACUUGACAAAUCAUCGCGACGUUAUACAUUAACACCUAAACGCUCAGGACCAACUUUUGCUGUCGAGACACGACGAACAUAUACAAUGACGAUGGGUGCAUUGCCUUCACCUGGUCAAUCACCAUCUUCAAUGAAUAUGCUUCCAAUAGGCUCAGAUGGGGAAGUAAUUCCAAUGCCUCCACGUGAGAAAGAUGGUAAGAUAAAAAAGAUUGUUGGCAGCGUCUUUGAUCGUUUAAGUCGUCAUAAAUCCCAACAAACACUAGCAACGACUGCUUCUUUUCAAGCUUCGCCUAUUCCAGCAAGUGGAUCAACGGGUAAUAUAACAGACGGUAGCCAAGAUGAAGAUGAGUCAAUCUGUGAUGGUUGUGGACGUAAACCACUUGUAAAUAUCAAAUGGAUCUGUCGAUCGUGUCGUCUAUUGAAUGGACAACAGUAUGAGCUUUGCGAAAAGUGCUACGGUCAAGGAAUUCAUGGAAAGGAACAAGAGGACGCACUCUUUGUGCGUGUUGAAGCUAUUGUCGUUCGAAAGUGUCCUCGACUUGGAAAUGAGACGGAAUUGCUUCAUUUACUGCGAAUGGGCGUUUGCAAGGCUAAUGUGAAGAAAUUUAGCUUUUGUCUCACGUGGAUCGCAGACUUGCUACAAUGUCAUCGUACAACGGAUCUACGCGCAAGGGCAUUAGAGAUUGCACACAUCCCUUCAACUGUUCGCAGUGAGUUUACGCGUCUACUUCGUGACCUUUUGAUGCGAUAUCGACCGGAUAUUGAGCUGAAAUCCGAGUGGGAACCAGCCGCUAGUGCUCAAUUCAAAAGUCUUGGGCCUGGAACGACAGGAAUGCGUGGAGAUGAAGUGCCAGAAGAAUUUGAUACGUUACGCAUUCGAGUGAAAGAUGCACCUGUGGCUACUACGGAACCACGAAUAGUGGAUCACAUUUGA